AUGUAUAAUAGAAGAAAAUCUCAGGGUCCUAUGGACUCACACAACCAUGAAUACGAUAGGCGUAGGAAGACCAGAUCCAAUGAAGCGUUUGCAAGACACAAACAGAGGUAUAAUGAGAUUCUAGAGAGACGUAAAAUGAUAGAUGAUCGUAGAAACGAUAUACCUCCUCCUCCAGUAAGAUAUGGAAGGAACGAAUAUAAAGACAAGUCAAAAAUAAUAUGCAGAUAUUUUUACAGGUUCGGCACCUGUACCAAGGGCGAAUCUUGUAUUUUUUCUCAUGAUUGUACUCCUUUGAACUCAAAGGACCUGAAGCUGUGUCACUACUUUGUGAAGAAUGAGGGGUGUAAAAAGACCGCAGAAGAAUGUAAAUACUCUCACGAAGUCCAUAAGUUCCUCUGCAGACAGAAUGUGAUUAACGGAUUCUGCAACUUGGGAGGAAACUGCCAGUUCAAUCAUAUGCCUCAAGACUCAAUAAAGAGGAUGGAUGAUACUGAGAAGCUUAAGUUCUGUUACAAUAACAAAAAGUUCCUUGUGAAGGCUCUCAUUAACUUUUUAAUCAAUGAGAACUGGAUUAACCCUCAGCACAUUGGAGUUUGUGACGACGUCAAAGGUCUCACUGCUAUCGUAACUUCAUAUAACAAUAUACCCGAAAAGAUCAUUAAAACCAUCCCUUGGUACCUUCAUUACACACUUUUAAUUUUAGAAAAGGAUCUACACGCCAUGCAGACUAAAAAUGAACAGCCUAAACCAUGA